AUGGCAAAAGUGUCUGCCAGUGCAGAAUUGUGUAGAGUAACUGCGCGUCACCACUUGAUCCAAGAAAAGUGUGGACUAGCAAUGGCUUCAACUAACGAGGAUCUCAUUUGCGAAGUUUGCAAAAAAUUGAUAAGGGAUCCUUAUAGCCUGCCAUGCGGGCACACAUUCUGCCUGCUACCCUGCCUCUUGUCUAAUGCCAACGCCAAGACUGCUAGUUGCAUCCACUGUCGUGGAACGUUUGACGUGGCAGAAGUGCGUCCCAACUACAAUGUUAUAGUGCGACUCAAUCAGCUUGCCUGGGAGCGGCAGCAGCAGCAGAAUCUGAGGCAGGAUCAGAAAGAGGACCAAAAGCACGGUCAUCAACAGGAUCGUGGUAAGGAGCAUCAGUCGGAAAUGGCAACGUUAACUGCCGCACUUGAGAACACGUCACUGACAUACGGGAUAGGAUGGCAAGAAAAUGACUAUCAAAGCAGUUGUGAGGACGACAUUAUCACCCGCGAUGCUUUCACGUGUAAGCAGAUCUGCGUUGGCGGUAUCCCGGCGAGGACGAACUGUAAACAGUUGAGGGAUCACUUUUCACGCUAUAGCACUGUAAAGAGCUGCUUUAUUUUACCCUACAAACCAUUUAGUUUUGUUACAUUUGAGAGUGAGGGUUCUGUGCUCAAAGCCAUUUCCCAACCCAUACAGUUUGUCUGCAGCAAAAGGGUUAAAGUGAAAGAGUAUGCAGCCAAAAAGAAACGCGGUGCCUCUAGGCCCCCAUCGGCAGAGCAGUCGAUAAAUAGGUCGAGGACUAAGUCGUCUUCGCUACCUCCACUUGCACCUCCAGCUACAUCUGCCUCAGUACCUGCAUCACCUCCAGAGGAGUGCCAAAGGGUAUUCAUUAGUGGCAUUUCACACAAAACGACGGCGGAUUCGUUGAGGGCAGCGUUAUCAACGCUGGGUCCAAUAAAGGCGUGCGGUAUUAGUCCCAGCAGAGGAUUUGCCAUGGUGGUGUUUGAACGACCUGAGACGGCUGAAUUGGCCAUCUCUACUCGUUGGCACAUAAUCGACGAUGAACUGGUGGAAAUUCAAGCCUUUAUGCCCAAUGAGAUGUCCAAAAGGGCCGGGCAUGUACCGGAAACUGGCCAUGACAUUGGUGGGCAGCACGGUCUCCACUCCUCGCGGUGGGAGCAGGCGCAGAAUGCCAAGCAGAAGGACUACCAGAGGCUCGAAGAAAAAUGCAUACCUUGUAGCACCUGUCGGGCACCAGUCGAGGCUAGACUGUUAAAAUUUUGCGACCAUUGUCACCGUGACAUCUGUCUGCAGUGUCGUGCAAACCAUCGCGACAAUUACAUCCUGAUGCUGCAAGCCAAGUUGGAUGACCUACCUCGUCACUUGGCCGCCUUGAAGUCAAAAUCGCCUGUGUUGAGGUUGGAAAAGAAGGCAAAGGAUGAGUUUAUUGAUGCCUUGGAUAAAGCAGUACUGCGUCUGAACGUGGCAGCGAAUAAAGCCCUAAGUACCACCAUAGCGAAACUGGAGACGACAGUUGGGGUGGGCGACACGCUGAUAGACGCAUUCAAGCAACGGGUCAGAGGCCUCUCAGGCGAGGUCGGCAAAAUUGACGAUGUGUAUGCAAGACUAGAAGGAAUCACAAAUUUGCGAGAAGCAAUGGCGCAGUGGAAGUCAUUGGAAAAGCUCCGCGAUGAAGUCAAGCGGCUGGGAGGAAUGAUGGACCUACCGCCUCUGCCCAUAAUGCAGAUGCGUCUCUCUGAUCAAUUAACUAAGGUUGGCCUCCAAUUGAACGAGUUCAAUCUCAUAUCUGGUGGCUCAGGGCCGCUUUCACCACUCCCAUCUGCCUUCGACAUUGUUAACAAAUGGUGUAAAAAUCCAUCGGCGAUGGAUUCGGUUUUCAGCAGUUCAAGUGGUGAUGCCAACUCCUUUCGCAACACAUCAGAUUUAUUUUUUGACUCUGGUUUAUUUGACAAUGUAUCCUUCUACUAG